CUCAAAUAUCUCAACUCCACAAAUUAAGAAAUAAAAUUCUUAUAUACAUUCGCUGGGCAUUAAAGAAAGUAAAUAAAUAACUGCACUAAUCAUGGCGAAAAUGGCAUUUCAGCAUCAGGCCGGCACGGCAAUGGAAUGUUUAAGCAUUCCCAUAACGCUGCAUAAGGAAAAAGACUACGACCAAGAGGGCAGAGAGAUCCUCAAAUGUGGCUUUAAAAUAGGCGGCGGCAUCGAUCAGGAUUACAAAAAGAGUCCGCAAGGCUACACGGAUUAUGGCAUCUAUGUGACGGAGGUGCACGAAGGCAGUCCAGCUGCCCGGGCUGGUUUGCGCAUCCAUGACAAGAUACUGCAAUGCAAUGGCUACGAUUUCACAAUGGUCACACAUAAAAAGGCCGUUAGCUAUAUAAGGAAAAAUCCCAUACUCAAUAUGCUCGUUGCACGCAAGGGUGUCACAUCGACAUAAUCACUGCAAUUCGGCUGGUCCUCCCACUAAUAAGCAGCAGCAGCAACAGUAGCAUUCACUAAUAACUAUUAUUACUACAAAUUGCCUCCCGCGUUGCUAAGGAUCUCUCCCCAUCUCCCUCUCGCUCUCUCUCUGAAUCUAUCUCAAUCGCUAGCGGAUCUUUUGGAAAACUACUCGAAUACUUAUUUAUAUAUGUAAGCAUACGUAUAAUUAAACCUUAAACAACAUUAUUAUAUAUGCAUAUCGCGCACACAUAUAUUUAGCCACAAAAACAUAGAAAACCAAUGUAGAGCGUAGAAAAGCUUCUUGUUAAAUUGAUUUUCUUUGACUUGGUUUAAGUUGAUAAUGAAAAAGGGAAAGAAAAUCAAAAACCCAUAUUAGGUUGUUAUACAAAUACUCCACUUGUUGUACGAUUUGCCAAGAAAACCGUGUAAGAAAAAGAAAAAACCAUUUGCCAAAACCACAAAAUACACACAUUAAUAUAAACAUAAGCCAAGUUCACAACGACUCCAUAUAAAGUGUAUAAAUUAUGAUUCUCAUUGUACAUUCUCUGAGCCCAUAUCGAAUAGUGAGACAUACUCGUUAAUAUGUCAGGAUUAAAGUAAAUUUUGUACUUUUAUACACCUACCCAGAAACAACAAUCUUAAAACAAUCAGCAGCAUUCCAAAAAACCAAAACAAAAAAAGAUCGCAAAAAGUUGUUUAAAACUAAAUAUUACAUAAUUGUGAUAAAUAUGCCGUUACUUGUGCAGAUGUGUUUUUUUUAAAUAUGUAUUUUUUAAGUAUUUUUAAAAUCAGUUUUUAAAUGUUGAAUUGCAUUGAAUAAAUGUUUGCCUCUAGACACAGAAA